AUGACAGAUAAGAAAAAGCAAAUCACGAUUGAAGAUGUAUUUAAUAAAUUAAUUAACAUAGAAGCAAAAGCAGAUGAAAAUCAAAGUUCGUUGAACGAAAUUAAGAACAGUUUAAAUCAAUUAAAAAACGAAGUAUCAACUUUAGAAAAGGAAAAUCAAGUUUUAAAAGAUAAAUUCAAAAAAGUUGAACACCAGUUUAAAAAAAACAACAUUAUUGUUUUUGGCUGCCCGAAAGACAACACACUGGAAAAAAAUUUGCUUCUUUUACAAAAAGCGCUUGGUAUUAAUAUAAACCAAAGUGAUAUAAACAAUAUAUAUGAAAUUGGCGAAGAAAAAUCUGAAAUAAGUAAACCUUUAAAAAUCAAAUUAAUUUCGUUUUUAAAGAAAAAGGAAAUAUUAAAAAAUGCAUAUAAACUUAAAGAACUUAAAGAAACGAAAAAUAUAAACAUUUUUAUAUCAGACGACCUAUCAAAAGAAGAUCAGGAUAUCCAAAAAGAACUAAGGAAAUAUUUAAACACCGCAAAAAAAAACAAGUUAAAAACCAAGAUAGUAAAGAACACACUUAUAGUAGAAGACGUAUCAUAUACCCUCGAAAAUCUUAAGAAAAAUAGGGAUAUUAAUUUUGAGAAGCACGACCAACAGGAUAUUGAAGUGGAAAAUUCAAGCCAAGAGAAAAAAGCAGAACCAAAGACAAGAACAACAAGAAGUAAAAAAUAA